AUGGCUACAUUAAUCGAAAUCAUUCCUGCGCCUACCAUAAUAAUUUUAUUUAGUUCAAUAAUUUUAUUUUUUCAAGGAAUCAAAAGUUGUAAAAAAAUUAGAUAUCAAGAAUUAUCAAGUACAAAUACCGGUGAUGUUCCACUUGGUAGUACACGUUUUUCAACUGUAACAAGAGACGUAAUAAAGAUUGUAAUCACUUUUAUGCAAAUUGGACUACAUGGAUUUUUAUUUUAUUGGAGAUAUGAAAAUGAUGAUGAUGAUAAAUACGUUUUAAAUGCCGGAUUAAUGACUUUGUGUUGGUUUUACGCUUUGAUUUUGACAUCAAUAAGUAUAACAACAGGAUCAAGAAAGUGGGGAUGGAUUAUAAAUUGCCACUUGACAGUAUUUUAUAUUACCGCUAUAAUCUCAUCAUUAUUACAAAUUCGAAUUGCUUUAUACUAUUAUCCUCAUUCUAUACCCUUUCCUAAAACGAAACAAAUCGAAAUUUUACUUUCCUUGGCGAAUUUCAUUUUAUCUUUUAUAUCAGCGGCAAUUGCUAUCAAAACGCCUCGAGGUCCUCCAUUAUUAAACAACAAUCGACCAGUUUACGCUGCAGAAUACAGUUCAUUAUGGGAUUUUAUGAUGUUUAGCACAGUAAAUCAAUUAAUUCGUAAAGCAUAUUCUCAGCCUUCAUUCAAUGAUACCGAUUUCGAUCAAUUACCUUAUGCAUUAAGAGCUUCCACACUAUAUAAUAAAUUUAAAAGAUGGCGAAAUCAUUCUCUUUUAUAUCGUUUAGUGAGAACAAAUAGAAAAUAUAUAUUGAUCCAAAGUUUCUAUGUCAUAAUUGUAUCGGUACUUUAUUAUGCACCUUAUGCAUUUCUUUAUCGAUUUAUCGAAUUCUUUCAAAACUAUAAAGAAAAACAUGAAUCUGGUGAAACAUUGGAAUGGGGUUUCAUUUAUAUAUUUGGAAUGCUUAUUUCAAAUAUUGUCUUACAAUUGUCGAUAUCACAGAAUUGGUACUGGUCUUCAAGCAUGUUGCAAGUUGCCAUAAAAGGACAACUCAAUGCUGAAAUUUAUUCAAAAGCUUUGAAGAGAUAUGAUUUAGAACAAAAUGCUACAAUAGGAAAAAUUACAAAUUUGAUGGCAGUAGAUUCCAAUAGAAUUUCAGUAUUUGCAACUUGGUGGAAUACUGUUAUUGAUUGUCCUAUUGAGUUGUUUGUGGGACUUUACUUUUUGUAUAUUCUAUUGGGUAGUAGUUGUUUAUAUGGGCUAUUGAUUAUGAUCUUCACACUGCCAAUUAAUCAUCAAACCGCAAAGUAUUAUAAUAAAACUCAGGAUAAACUGAUGAAAGUAAGGGAUCGAAGAGUUGAUCUAAUGAAUGAAGUAUUGCAAGGAAUUCGUAUGAUUAAAUUUUACGCUUGGGAAAGAAAUUGGGAAAAUCGUGUACUAGAAUCGCGCAAUGCAGAGCUUAAGCAACUCCGCAACACUUUUAUUCAUCUUACAGUAUUCGAUUUUGUUUGGAUCGUUUCUCCCGUGUUGGUAACAAUAUCAUCUUUUUACAUCUAUACCAAGAUCCAAGGACAUGAAUUAACAGCAUCUGUAGCCUUUACCUCUCUCUCAAUAUUCCAUGAAUUAAGAUUUGCUUUUAAUGUUUUGCCUGAAGUAUUCACGGACGGAUCACAAGCUUAUACUAGUAUAAAGAGAAUUGAAAAGUUCUUGAAUGAGGAAGAGAUUAAAAAUAAACUUGAAGUAGACUUAGAGGAUGGAGAGAAUGUAUUAGGACAGGAGAGUAAAGUUGGUUUUGAGAAUGCUACUAUUACUUGGAAUCAACCUAAAGAUAGUGUAGAUGACACCGAAUCUGAACCACUGUUUAGAAUGGAAAAAUUGAAUUUAGAAUUUCCCAUCGGAGAACUAAGUUUGAUAUGUGGGCCAACGGGGUCAGGAAAGACCUUAAUAUUAAUGUCGCUUCUUGGAGAAACUCAUGUGAUAAGUGGAGAAGUUUAUUGUCCAAAAUCUCCAACAAGUCCUAUAAAUUCUGAUCUUAACCCAUCAAAUUGGAUAUUAUCAAAUAGUGUCGCACUAGUUGCCCAACAAGCUUGGCUUCAAAAUGCAUCUAUUAGAUCAAACAUCAUUUUCAGCCUUCCUUAUGUUGAGGACCGAUAUGCGGAAGUGAUUAGAGUGUGUUCUUUAGAAAAGGAUUUAGAGAUUUUGGAAGAUGGUGACAUGACAGAGAUCGGAGAAAAAGGAAUCACGCUUUCAGGAGGACAGAAACAAAGAGUCGCUCUAGCAAGAGCAGUCUAUUCUCGAGCAAAGAAUAUCUUAAUGGAUGAUGUUUUGAGCGCAGUUGAUGCACAUACUGCUAAACAUUUGAUGAUUGAGUGUUUCUCAGGCACUUUAAUGAAAGGGCGAACAAUAAUUUUAGUUACACACCAUGUCAGAUUAUGUUUGAAAGAAGCCUCAUACUUGGUCACUAUUGAUAACGGUAAAGUAACUGUGGCAGGAGCCGUAUCAGAAUUAAGGAGUUCCGGUAAAUUGGCUGCCAUAUUAGAAGAAGCCGAUAGCAGGUCCGAAUUUGUCAAGGAUUCAGCAGAACUAGCAGCAGAAAAUGUAGUGAAAGAUGAUGCAGACAAGCUGCAUGUAUCUGAAUCAUCAGCUAAUUUAUCUGUGGGAAAUGUUGAAAAUGAAGUUAAUUUGGGUGAUGUUCAAAAAAAUAAGAAGAAAUUUUCCAGUACUACAAAACCAAAAGUUCUCGUUGAAGAAGAAGCACGUCCGACUGGAGCUGUUAGAUUUAGAAUAUAUAAGACUUAUGUCCGUGCUAAUGGACACAUAAUAUUUUGGUCUUUAGUUGCAAUACUUUAUAUUAUAACUAGAACAACUCAAAUUAUGGAAAGUUGGUGGCUUAAAGUAUGGUCACAAGCAAAUCUGGAAGAGAGUGGCAAUAGUUAUAUCUCAAUUAAUACUUCGCAUAUUAUUGAUAAUGUAACAUCGAUUUCUUCCUUAAUUCCAGCAAUGGUUUCAACAUAUUCAUUUGAUCGACAGGGAAGGAGUUUAUCAUCACGAAUCCUCCCAUUAAAUUUUAAUGACGAUAAUGAUGCUCAGAAUGAUACACAUAGUAUUGACUAUUAUUUGAACAUUUAUAUAUUAAUCUCACUUUCAUCUAGUAUCUUUGGAGUUGCGAGGUUUACCUUACUAUAUUACGGAAGUUUGAGAGCUUCAAGAAAAUUAUAUAAAAUUUUGCUUAAUCAAGUUUUAAGAGCUCCACUUAGAUUUUUUGAUACUACUCCCGUUGGAAGAAUUCUUAAUAGGUUCAGUAAGGAUUUUGAAACUAUUGAUAGUAAAUUAAUAGAAUUCCUUAUUGCCGCGAUUAUAUUUUGCAUUAUCUAUUUACUUGUUGGAUCGUUAUAUAUUAAGGCUUCGCGAGAGUGUAAGAGAUUGGAUUCUGUUACGAGAUCACCCCUGUAUUCACAUUUUACAGAAACUCUAAUUGGUAUUUCAACAAUUAGAGCAUACGGUGCUACUAAGAUAUUCAUGCAAGAUAUGUUUGAUAAGAUUGAUUCAAAUCAUCGUGCGUUUUUUAAUAUGUGGCUCGUCAACAGAUGGUUAUCAGUUCGUUUCAGUUUGACUGGUACAUUGGUAGCUUUCUUUGCUGGUAUCUUCUUACUCUAUCAUAUAGACUCGUUAGAUCCGGGCUUGGUCGGAAUAUCAUUGUCAUUUGCAUUAAACUUCACAGAACAAAUAAUUUGGUCGAUUAGGAGAUAUUCUUCAAUGGAAAUGAGUUUAAAUGCUGUUGAAAGAGUAUGCGAGUUUUCAGAAUUACCACAAGAAGCACCUGCUAUAAUUUCACCAAGACCUCCAGCCGCUUGGCCAUAUAAUGGCAAAAUUAAAGUGGAAAAUCUAGAGGUUAAAUAUGCACCAGAUUUAGAACCUGUUUUACAUCAUAUUAGUUUUAAUAUUAAAGGUAGUGAGAAAGUUGGGAUCGUUGGAAGGACAGGGUCAGGCAAAUCAACGAUAGCAUUAUCGUUAUUUAGAUUCAUUGAACCAUCAAGUGGAAAAAUAUUGAUCGAUGAUAUAGAUAUAAAUUCAAUUGGAGUUGAGGAUUUAAGAUCAAGAAUUACUAUUAUACCACAGGAUCCUAUAUUAUUUACAGGAACAAUUCGUUCAAAUUUGGAUGCGUUUUCACAGUACGACGAUCUUGAAAUAAUGUCUUCGUUGAAACGUGUUCAUUUAAUACCAUCGGAUUCAGAGCAAGUGGCCGCUUUGGAUGCAGUAAAUACUUCAUCCUUAGGAACAAUUAAUAGGAGGGGAAGUAGGGGUUCAUAUACCCAUGAGAAUAUCAAUGUGUUCAAAAAUUUGGAUACACCAGUAAGUGAAGGCGGUAGAAACUUUAGUCAAGGUCAAAGGCAAUUGUUGUGUUUGGCCAGAGCCUUGUUGAGAAGAAAUAAAGUGAUUUUAAUGGACGAAGCUACUGCGAGUAUUGAUUUCGAUAUGGAUGAAAAAAUACAAAAUAUGAUAAGAACCGAAUUCACGGAUUGCACCAUCAUAUGUAUCGCGCAUCGAUUGAGAACUGUUAUUGAUUAUGAUAGAAUAUUAGUACUUGAUCAAGGCAACAUAAUGGAAUUUGAUAGUCCUCAUAACUUGGUGAUAAAUCAUGAAUCAUUAUUUUAUAAAAUGUGUCAGAAUUCCGGAGAAUUUGAUCAAUUAAUGUCUUUAGCUUUAAAGAAAGAUAGAGCGCUUAAUCGUGAUUAG